ACUCAAAUAACUCAAAACUAAAAAUCAGAAUGAUUCCAGUGAUAGAUUUUAGUAGCUACAGCUUGAGUGAUGUCAGCAGUCCACCAAGUGAUGAGGACUUGGCUCCAUUGGCUGAUGAAGUCUACAAGGCAUUCAGUGAAGUGGGGGUUAUUUACUUAAAAAAUCAUGGCUUUGACCUUUCUCUGGUGGAUGAUUACAUGAAGAUUUCAAAGAAAUUCUUCAAUCUCCCUAAAGACGUCAAAGAGAAGUUCAGUUAUGAUAAGGAGGCUGGCUACAUGUACCAUGGAUACCAUCAUUUACAGGAACAUACAUCCCAUGAUGCUACAGUUCCAGACCUGAAAGAGGCAUAUAACACCUAUCCACAAUGGAAAGGGGAAUGGCCAGAUGAAUAUGUGCCAGGGUUCAAAGAGCAAGGUCUUAAUAUAAUCAAACCCUGUAUAGAGCUCAACAACAGAAUCCUCCAGACUGUGGCUCUGGGAUUAAAAUGGCCUAGAGACACACUGACAAAGCUCCACAGCACAGACAGGCCCAGUCACAAUUGUAUGCGUACACUGUACUAUUACCCAGUACCUGAAGGGUAUAAACUACAGCCUGGUCAGACCAGAUUAGGAAAACAUACAGAUACUGGCUCCUUUACUCUAAUCUUUCAAGAUGAUGUUGGUGGACUUGAGAUUAAGAAUGUAUCUGGAGAGUGGGUCCCAGCAACACCCCUUCCUGGAGCCAUUUUGGUGAUAAUUGGUCAUGCCACACAAUGCUGGACAGUUGAUAAACUUAAAGCUACAGAACACAGAGUUGGAGUACCAGAUGGAGAUGUCAACAUUGCAGCAGGAAGACAGUCUGUUAUAUUUUUUGGCAACCCUGAUAAUGAUGCUAUGCUUGGGUCAAUAGAAGGGACAAAAUACCAAGCAACGAGAUAUGAUGAAUAUACUGCUGACUUUUUAUAUGAUAUUCAGAAGUAAAUGAAUCAGACAUUGACAAUGCCUAUAAUCAAAGAGUUAAAAGGCAAUGGGGAAAUUUUAUUUUUAGUAACCCCUGACAUAGGGUUACAAUUAGAAAAUGCCCCUGACAAAGAUAUUUAGAUUAAGUCUAAGAAAUGACUAAAUGCUGACAAAGAUAUUUAGAAUUAAAGGCCCACUUUGGGAAUUUUCAACAUGUUUGGGCAAAAUAAAGACUUACAUUUAAAUUUCAUAGUAUGUCCAAUGUAUUGAUAAGAACCUUAUCUUUCAUUUGACAAUAACAAGAGCUCAAAUGGACCACAUCAAAGCUUACAAUAAAUUAUCAAAAAAUAUUUUUGAUCUGUCAAGCUUUAUAUAUCAAGUUUUUACG